AUGUCCAAACUCGGAGAGGAGAAUCUUAAUCCUGCCCUUGCCCCAGGCCACACCAUCAACGCAAGGAACAACGCCCGUGAAACCCCAGUCAUGAAAUACACCUCCCUGGGCAAUCCCAAGGGGAUCCAAAUCUUCCAAAAUAUAGGCGCAGACCUCUUCACAACUAGCAACACUGGUGAAACCCCCCUGUAUAUCCUGGCUCGAGCCCCAACGGACGAGUACAAAAGCAUCCCGCUUCCUUGGGGGCUAUGUAGGACGGAUGGAAAGAAGGUUGUUAAAUGCUUCAAGUAUCUUCUGGGAUUGGGAUUGGAUCCGUCUUUGGAGGAUCGGGGGUCGAGGACUGCUAUGAUAUCAAAUGGAUUUGUGGUUUGCUGA